CUGGCAUUCAACAGACGAAAACCUCACACAGUGGAAUUGAAAUUUGCGCUUACCAAGCUAAACAAGGAUCUUGAGCGAAUCAAACGUCGAAUGGCGUACAUGGAAAGUGUCCUGGAUCAGACGGUUGAACAGACUGGGAUGGGAUCGUAUAAAACACAACAGGAUGUUGGAAUUUACAGUGACGAUCCGAUGAUCAAGGAUUAG